AGAACGCUCUUGAGGUGACGCCACUCUCUAUUCUUACCCAGCAUUCACUUUGAUACACGUGUAUAUCACAACAAUGGCGUCACCGGUGCUCGGGUUGCUGACUUGCUGCGUUCUCUUGCUUCUAAUUGCUCAAAGUUUAGCCGGGAGGGACUUUUACAGUAUUUUGGGUGUGUCACGUAACGCUAAUACAAACCAAAUCAAGAAAGCAUACAGAAAGCUUGCCAGAGAGUUGCAUCCUGACAAGAACAAGGAUGAUCCCCAUGCACAAGAAAAGUUCCAAGAUUUGGGAGCAGCGUAUGAAGUACUCUCAGACGAAGAAAAGCGAAAAACGUACGACCGGCAUGGCGAAGAGGGAUUGAAGCAUGAUUCAUUUGGUGGAAGUGAUCCGUUUGCAAGUUUCUUUGGAGAUUUUGGCUUCUUUGGUGAUGGACAUCGGAAUGAGCAACGGGAGAUCCCACGUGGUGCUGAUGUGGUUAUGGACCUUUGGGUCACUUUGGAAGAGCUGUAUCAAGGAAAUUUUGUGGAGGUUGUCCGCAACAAGCCGGUGGCAAAACCAGCCAAAGGCACUCGCCGUUGCAACUGUCGCCAGGAGAUGGUUACACGACAGCUGGGCCCCGGACGCUUCCAAAUGAUGCAGCAGACAGUCUGUGAUGAAUGCCCCAAUGUCAAGUUGGUGAACGAAGAGAAACUUUUGGAGGUGGAAGUUGAGGCAGGCAUGAGGGAUGGCCAAGAGCAAGUCUUUGUGGCAGAAGGUGAACCUCAUAUUGAUGGCGAGCCUGGGGACCUCAAGUUGCGAAUUCGAACUAUGCCGCACCAUGUUUUUGAGAGGAGGGGUGAUGACCUUUACACAAACAUAACCAUUUCACUGACUGAUGCUCUGGUGGGAUUUGAAACUGAAAUAACCCAUCUGGAUGGUCACAAGGUACCAAUCACACGUGAGAAAAUUACAUGGCCUGGAGCAAGGCUACGCAAGAAGAAUGAAGGCAUGCCAAACUAUGAAAACAACAACCAGAAAGGAACCUUGUAUGUCACCUUUGAUGUGGACUUUCCAAAGGGUGACCUUAGCACUGAAGACAAGGAAGCCAUCAAGAAAAUACUUAAAGAGGAAAGCAAGACAAAAAUUUAUAAUGGGCUGCGGGGAUAUUAGUGUUUCCUGGUGGACUGCUAUAGUUGUACAGAUUUUUUUUUUUUUUCACACAUUUCUUAUCCCUUCUGUGGAGGGCACCAAGUGGCAUGCCAAGCAUGGUUUUAACAUGCAGUGUGCAAGUGUACAGACUGUUUGAAACUGGCCACAUUGUUUGUAUGUGAGCAUUUUCUGUUUUUCAUCUUUUGAGUGGUUGCAUCUAGAGGGGGAGAGUGAAUAAAAUAAAGUGAAACCUUUGGUUUGCCUGUUAAAAUUCCUGCGAAGUCCAGUGCUGGGGGGGCGUAUUCUGUAAGAGUCCACCUAGUGGACUGUCCACUUCGGCUGUCGCCAUUGGCUUCCACUUCACGAGCGUGAAGGUGCCAGCCAGUCUACUUCGCGCUCUUGAAGCGGGAGCCAAUGGCGACAGCCGAAGUGGACAGUCCACUAGGUGGACUCUUACAGAAUACCCCCACUGUUCUCUUUUGUAUACUCAAGCAGGUAGAAGUUUCUAACCAGGAAUAUUAAAAAAAAAAAAUACUGGUGAACAGUACUCUUGGCAUUAUGAUAUGAGGCAGUGUCAUCAGAACUGUGUUAGCUCAGGCAGUCAUCUUAAGUUAUUUGCACUAAUUUUCCUUUGUCAGAACGAAGCAUCAUAUUUGCAGGUGUGAAGCGAAAUGGUAUUAUUUAUAUGAAAGCCUCUGUACCCCUACUCUUUUCCCACUUUUAAACUUUUUUCUGGCAAAAUUUUAUGCAAUUUAGGAUAUUUAUCACAUCAUUCAUGGCAUGGUUUUGUGCCAUUUACAACACAAAUGGAGCAGCUGGAACCCUUUGUGAUGUCCGGUGAAGGGUUCCCUUGACAGCUCUGUGCAGGAUUGGAGCGUAGCUCCUGUUGUACAGUCAGAGUUUUUGCUAAGUCGCACAACUCGUGUUCAUCACAUUUUUGAGCCCAUUGUUUUGUAUUGUUUCACACGAGUGUUUCAUCACAACUGCAGUGUGUGUUUAAAAAGAGUGAGGAGUAUGUACUAUGCCUAGGAAUUCCAAGUCAUGUGAAAUAAAUUAUGCUUGUUAUACAGA